UGUGGUAAAGUACUAUUGAUCCCAAUCUAUAAAUCUGAAGAUCGGACAUCUUUUGAUAAUUAUCGACCAAUAUCGCUUUUAAAUUCUGUCGCCAAAGUCAUUGAAAAGAUUGCCUAUGAGCAAAUUACAGAUUAUCUUGAAGAAAAUGAAUUAUUAUGCCCACAACAAUUUGGCUUUAGACGUGGAAAAUGUACCCAACAUGCCGUUACAUAUCUUAAUGAACACAUUCGACAAAACAUGGAUUUACUGGAGCGGUAUACUUGGAUCUAA